AAAGACAUCUCUGGAAGUCUUCCCCUCAUCAUGUCAGAAACUCAGUCAACGUCUGCCCAAACCGAAGUGCCCGAGUCUCCAGAAGUGGAGUGUCCGGUUUGCUAUCAAGAAUACGACCAGCACUCCAAACUCCCGCGUAUGCUGGAAUGUCUUCACGUCUUCUGCACAGAGUGUCUCCGCAAAAUCCAGCUCACCCCUCUACACCCACCCGACCCCGACAGCGCCCCCUCCAUCUCCUGCCCACUGUGCCGUCACUCCACCCCUCUUCAAGGUGGAGAUGCACAUUCACUCCCAUGCAACUCGCGGAUUCUUGCGCAGCUCCCUCCGGUGGCCUUCCGUCUGCCAGCUUCAGUGUCAGCCCGGCUGGCCACGGUCACACAACGGCUGGUUCUGUCUCUGGGCGAGAGGGACACUCGCUUCAUAAUUCUGCCUACUGUCAGUCUGAGGGUGGAGCAGAUGGGGGAUGCCACAGAAAGGGCGAACCCUCCUCGGGUGAUGCAUCGGGAGAUGGAGGUUCUGAGAGGACACAAAAAAACUCUUAUGUGUGUUCAGGUUCUGGCUGUCAUCUUCUGGGUUAUGUUUGUGCUGACCUGCGUGGUCGGGGUUGUGUUCGGGCCAAGCCUCUUUCAUAAUUAA